GCCAACAUUAAAGGUUUUACCAUACUUCUAUUUUCUCGCAAUACUCGUUAUAAUUAAUUAAGAUGGAGAUUGAAGUUUUGGAUUCGCGCAACUCGAAAGUUGUGGCAAAAUGCAAUGUCAAGUCAACAACAACGAUUAAAGACUUGAAGACACAAGUCCAUUCAAGCAAUAAGAAAUUACAUCCUCAUCGUCAGGCAUUUCGGUUGGAAGUCAAAGGAAAAAUGCUCAAAGAUUCAGACACAAUGGAAUCAUUGAAUUUGAGAAGUGGAAGUAAAUUGUAUAUAAAAGAUCUUGGUCCACAAAUUGGAUGGAGUACAGUUUUCUUAGCUGAAUAUGCCGGUCCGUUACUUGUAUAUUUGUGGAUUUAUCAACGUCCAUGGCUGUUUUAUGGCGAUUCGUCAGCAGAAAUUAGUCAAACAGCACAUAUUGCCGCUGCAUGCUGGACAAUUCAUUAUGCAAAGAGACUUCUCGAAACUAUUUUCGUUCAUCGAUUCUCGCAUGCAACAAUGCCAUUACGCAAUUUAUUUAAGAACUGUAUUUAUUAUUGGGGAUUUGCUGCCUAUGUUGCCUAUCAUGUUAAUCAUCCACAAUUUACAUCGCCGUGCAUGACUCAAGUUUAUAUCGCACUCGGCGGAUUUUUGAUAAGUGAACUUGGAAAUUUGUCGAUUCACAUUAAUUUGAGAAAUCUUCGACCACCAGGCACAUCAAUUAGAAAAAUUCCAGUUGCUGAUGCAAAUCCUUUAACUGCUUUAUUUAACUUUGUUUCCUGUCCAAAUUAUACUUAUGAAUUCCUUGCAUGGCUUUCGUUUUCAAUUUUAACACAAUGCCUUCCUGCCUUCGUAUUUGCACUUGCUGGCGUUUUUCAAAUGGCAGUUUGGGCUUUGGGCAAGCACAGAAACUACAAAAAGGAAUUCAAGGAUUAUCCAAAAUGUAGAAAAGCUAUCAUUCCAUUUAUUUUAUAAAUUUGUUACCAGCAACUAAUUCUUUGCAAUACAACAAUUGCAGUUAAUUAUUUUUCUUAUAAUCAGGUUGAUAGGUUGUUUAAGCAUGCGAAUAAAGGCUCAUUUUCUAUAAUUUGGAAAGGAAACGGUUUGGGAUUUCGAAAGCAUUUAAUUGUUGAUUAAUAUUUGAACAAAGUAAAAC